AUGAGAUUUGAUGAUGUGGCACCCUAUUUCAAGACUGAGCCAGGCAUGCCCCAGAUCCAUCUCGAGGGGAACCGUCUUGUCCUCACAUGCCUUGCUGAAGGCAGCUGGCCCUUGGAAUUUAAAUGGUUGCACAAUGACAGUGAAAUCACCGCCUACUCCAGUGAAUACAAGUACCUUAUCCCAGCCUUGCAGAGGUCUGAUGCUGGGUUUUAUCAAUGUGUUGUGCGAAACAGGAUGGGAGCACUCUUGCAAAGAAAAUCUGAAGUCCAAGUGGCAUAUAUGGGAAAUUUCAUGGACACAGACCAGAAAAAAACAGUGGCGGAAGGACAAGCUGCAGUUCUAGACUUCAUGCACAUCCUCAGCUAUCCCAGACCACAAGUGACCUGGUUUAGAGAUGGGCACAAGAUUAUUCCAAGCAGCAGAAUAGCCAUAACACUGGAGAAUCAGCUGGUGAUCCUCACAACCUCAGUGACCGACUCAGGUGGCUAUUGUGUCCAGGCUGUUAAUGAAAAGAAUGGAGAAAACAAGACAAGUCCCUUUAUUUAUCUGAGCGUAACACAUGCCAACGACUCGUCGGACAUGACGGCUCCUGUCAUUGUAAUCCCCCCACAGAAUACCAGCGUGGUAGCGGGGAGCAGCGAAACCAUGCUGGAAUGCGUGGCCAACGCAAGACCUGUUGAGAAACUAAGCAUUUCCUGGAAGAGAAAUGGAAUAAAAAUAACCAGCGGAAUUAGUAGUUUUGGGAGACGUCUCACUAUUACCAAUCCGACCUCUGCUGACAUUGGGAUGUACUUCUGUGUGGCGGAGUUGAGAGACAGCCUUGUUGAACCAGCGAGAGCAAAAGCCUUCCUAUCUAUUUUGGAGCCACCCUAUUUUACUGCUGAGCCUGAGAGUCGGAUUUUGGCUGAGGUGGAGAAAACAGUGGACAUCCUGUGCCAGGCAAUGGGGGUUCCUAGUCCCACUCUGGUCUGGUAUAAGGACUCUAUUCCUAUCAACAAGUUGCAAAAUCCUCGUUACAAAGCACUCCGCAAUGGUGGUCUGCAGAUCCAGGGAGUGCGAACCGAUGACGCUGGGAUCUUUCAGUGUUUUGCUAGCAAUGAAGCUGGGGAAAUACAGACACACACCUACCUAGAUGUAACCAAUAUUAAACCAACAUUUAUCCGGCCACCAAUAGAUACCACUGUUACGGAAGGGAUGACGGCAGUAUUAACCUGUGAGGUUUCAGGGGCUCCAAAACCUGCCAUCUCGUGGAAAAGAGGGAACCAGAUCUUAGCCAGUGGCUCGGUGCAGAUUCCCAGGUUCAUUCUCCUCGAAUCUGGCGGGCUGCAGAUUACUCCUGUCUUCCUUCAGGAUGCUGGCAACUAUACUUGCUAUGCAGUCAACUCGGAGGGAUCGCUGAGUGCUUUUGCAACACUGACUGUCUGGAAUCGCACCUUUAUUGUUCACCCUCCCGAGGACAGCACUGUUAUCAAGGGAACCACAGCCACUCUGCAGUGUGAAGCAACUCAUGACCCCAGAAUUUCAAUCAGGCAUGUGUGGAAGAAGGAUAGUGUGGCAAUAAAUCCAUCUAGCAGUUCCCGAAUUACACUAGAGGAAGACGGAAGCCUCCUCAUUAGCCAGACGUGGUCAGGAGACAUCGGCGACUACACAUGCGAGGUCAUUUCAUUUGGAGGAAACGAUUCCAGAAUGGCUCGUCUAGAAGUGAUCGAGCUCCCUCAUCCUCCUCAGAACCUCGUGGCAGCGCUGAAUGCCUCGUACAGCCGCAGCGUGAUGCUUUCCUGGGUGCGUCCCUUUGAUGGAAACAGCCCCGUUCUCUACUACAUGGUGGAGCUGUCUGAGAACAACUCCCCCUGGAAGGUGCACCUCUCGAACGUGGAUCCAAAGAUGACCGAUGUGACUGUGAGUGGGUUAACUCCAGCCCGAACCUACCAGUUUAGGGUGUGUGCUGUUAACCAGGUGGGAAAAGGCCAGUACAGCACUGAGACCAGCAGGUUGAUGCUCCCGGAAGAACCCCCCAGUGCCCCUCCUAAAAACAUAGUGGCCAGCGGCCGCACCAAUCAAUCUAUCAUGGUUCAGUGGCAGCCUCCUCCUGAAAGCGAACACAAUGGGGUUCUCCAUGGGUACAUCCUAAGGUAUCGCCUGGCAGGCCUCCCUGGGGAGUACCAGUAUAAGAACAUCACCAGCGCAGAGAUUAACUACUGUUUGGUGAAAGACCUGAUCAUCUGGACUCAGUAUGAAAUCCAGGUGGCAUCUUAUAAUGGAGCCGGGUUGGGAGCAUUCAGCCGAGCGGUGAUGGAGUACACUUUACAAGGAGUGCCGACGGCUCCACCGCAGAACGUGCAGUCUGAAGCUGUGGAUUCCACCACCAUCCAGUUUCAGUGGACCCCUCCACCACAGCAGUUCAUCAAUGGUAUCAAUCAGGGAUACAAGCUCCUAGCAUGGCUGGUAGAUGCACCAGAGACUGUGACUGUGGUCACCAUCGCUCCGGAUUUUCAUGGAGUUCACAGUGGCUGCAUUACCAAUUUGAAGAAAUUCACAGCUUAUUAUACAUCAGUCCUGUGUUUCACCACCCCAGGGGAUGGACCACAGAGCACACCGCAGCUGCUGCACACUCUCGAAGACAAGCCAGGAGCUGUGGGACACUUGAGCUUCACUGAGAUUCUGGACACGUCUCUCAAGGUCAGCUGGCAAGAACCUGUAGAGAAAAAUGGCAUCAUUACAGGCUACCAGGUCUCCUGGGAGGUGUACGGCAGGAAUGAAUCUCGUCUUGCUCGCACACUGGUCAACACAACCCUCGAGUACAAAAUUACUGGUCUGUCAUCUCUAACCACCUACACGAUUGAGGUGGCAGCUAUGACAGGCAAAGGGACUGGUCUGGUCACCUCCUCUACCAUCUCCUCUGGAGUGCCCCCAGAACUUCCUGGAGCCCCAUCCAAUCUAGUGAUUUCCAACAUCAGUCCUCGUUCGGCCACACUCCAGUUCCGGCCUGGCUACGACGGCAAAACCUCUACCUCUAAAUGGAUAGUGGAAGGGCAGGUUGGUGUUCUUGGAGACGAGGAGGAGUGGGUGAGUUUGUACGAGGUGGAGAAUGAGCCUGAUGCCCAGAUGCUGGAGAUACCAAAUCUCACUCCUUACACUUAUUACAGGUUCCGGAUGAGACAGGUGAAUGUUGUUGGCCAAAGCCCAUUCAGCCAACCAUCUCGUGUCAUCCAGACACUGCAGGCCCCGCCAGAUGUUGCACCAGGGAGUGUUACUGUGCGCACUGCCAGUGAAACUAGCUUGUGGAUCCGCUGGGUGCCUCUCCCUGAUACUCAAUAUAAUGGUAACCCAGAGUCAGUGGGCUACAGGAUAAAAUUCUGGCGCGUUGAUCUGCAGUCUUCUGUGCUGAUGAAGGUAAUCAGUGACCGGCUAGAGAGGGAAUACACUAUUGAGGAUCUGGAGGAGUGGACAGAGUAUGAGCUGCAAAUCCAGGCCUUCAAUGCCAUUGGAGCAGGACCAUGGAGUCACGUGGUGAGAGGUCGCACGCGGGAGUCUGUUCCUUCUGCUCCACCCGAGAACGUGUCUGCCGAAGCGGUGAGCUCCACUCAGAUCCUGUUGACGUGGACGGCGGUUCCUGAGCCAGAGCAGAAUGGUCUCAUCUUAGGCUACAAGAUUCUCUAUAGGGCAAAAGACCUGGACUCUGAACUAAAGAGCCAAAUGGUGAGAGGUAACCACACCCAAUCUCAUCUGCUGGCCGGCCUGCGAAAAUACGUGCUUUAUGAGAUUCAGGUACUGGCAUUCACUCGGAUUGGAGAUGGGGUGCCCAGUUCUCCUCCAGUCAUAGAGAGAACCAAGGAUGACGCUCCUGGGCCGCCUGUGAGGCUGGUGUUCCCCGAGGUGAGACUGACAUCGGUACGGAUUGUAUGGCAGCCCCCAGAGGAGCCCAAUGGAAUUAUUCUGGGAUAUCAAAUCGCUUAUCGCCUGGCAAACAGCAGCCCCAACAAGUUCACCACAGUGGAAGUUGGCUCAACAGUCCGGCAGUUCACUGCUACAGACCUCAACCCAGAAUCAGCAUACAUCUUCCGGACUUCUGCCAAGACCAGACAGGGCUGGGGGGAGCCCCUGGAAGCUACAGUGAUCACUACGGAAAAGAGAGAGCGACCAGCACCUCCCAGGCAACUGAUAACCCCGCAGACUGAGGUUUCGUCACAGAGUCUCAAGCUGCAGUGGGUUCCUGGUAGUGAUGGAUCCUCCCCGGUACGAUACUUCACUGUGCAAGUGCGGGAGCUACCAAAUGGAGAAUGGCAAACCUACUCCUCUUCCAUCAGUCAUGAGGCAACCUCCUGCAUCAUUGAGAGGCUGAACCCAUUUACUUCUUAUAAGCUGCGAGUGAAAGCAACCAACGACAUUGGAGACAGUGACUUCAGCACCGAGACCGAAGCAGUCACUACUCUCCAGGACGUUCCAGGUGAACCUCCAAGGUCUGUCUCGGUAACUCCCCACACCACUUCCUCUGUGCUUGUUCAGUGGCAGCCACCAAAGGUCGAGAGUCUGAAUGGCUUGCUGUUGGGAUACCGGAUUUAUUACCGGGAGCUGGAUUAUGACCCUGGCUCUGGAACAGAGUCCAAGACCAUUAAAAACCCUUCAGCUUUACGAGCAGAGCUUACACCCCAAAGCAGCUUCAAGAUAGUGAACAGCAGCUCUGCAUUAACGACGUAUGAAUUAACACAUUUGAAGAAGUACAGGAGAUAUGAAGUUUUAAUGACAGCCUAUAAUAUCAUCGGGGAGAGCCCUACCAGCACACCUGUGGAAGUGUUUGUUGGUGAAGCUGCACCAGCAGUGGCCCCACAGAACAUCCAAGUGAACGCCCUUUCUGCGAGCCAACUAGAGAUCACCUGGGACCCACCUCCUGCCGACAGCCAGAAUGGGAACAUACAAGGCUACAAGAUUUAUUACUGGGAGACGGAUUGUCAGAAUGACACCGAAAAAGUGAAGGUCCUCUUCCUUCCAGAGACAACAGUCCGGCUGAAAAACCUGACCAGCCAUACCAAAUACCUGGUCUGCGUCUCUGCCUUCAACGCAGCAGGGGAUGGACCGAGAAGCAGCCCCAAACAGGGCAGGACGCUCCAGGCAGCCCCCGGCACACCCAGCUUCUUGGCGUUCUCAGAAAUCACUUGCACAACGCUCAACGUGUCUUGGGGAGAGCCAGCAGCAGCAAAUGGAAUCCUGCAGGGCUAUCGAGUGGUGUAUGAGCCCUUGGCACCCGUCCAUGGGGUGAGCAAGGUGGUGACUGUGGACAUAAAAGGAAAUUGGCAGCGCUGGUUAAAAGUCCGAGAUCUCGUCAAGGGAGUGACCUAUUUGUUUCGAGUGCAAGCCAGGACCAUCACCUAUGGACCCGAGUUGCAAGCCAACAUCACAGCUGGGCCAGCAAAGGGGUCUCCUGGUUCCCCUCAGGAAAUUCAGGUUACAAAAUCUGCUUCAGGACUGACUGUGCAGUGGACUGAGGGAGAUUCAGGCGACAAACCGACAACUGGCUACAUCAUAGAGGCACGGCCAUCAGAUGAAGGGCUGUGGGAUACAUUUGUGAAGGACAUCCCCCGCAGUGCUACCUCCUACACAGUCAGUCUGGACAAGCUGAAACAGGGGGUGAGCUAUGAAUUCCGGGUGGUAGCUGUAAAUGAGUUUGGAUAUGGAGAACCGAGCACUCCCUCUGCAGCAAUAUCGGCACAAACAGAAACCCCUUUCUAUGAGGAGUGGUGGUUCCUGCUGGUGAUGGCACUUUCCAGUCUGAUCCUCAUCUUGCUGGUGGCAUUUGCCUUGGUCCUGCAUGGGCAGAGCAAGAAAUAUAAGAAUUGCAGCACGGGUAAGAGCAUCUCUAACGUAGAGGAAACUGUUACACUGGAUAAUGGAGGCUUCACGGCAUUGGAGCUCAACAGCAGACACCUAAAUGUCAAGAGCACGUUCUCCAAGAAGAAUGGGACAAGGUCCCCUCCUCGUCCAAGCCCUGGUGGGCUGCACUACUCCGAUGAGGACAUCUGCAACAAGUACAAUGGGGCGGUGCUGAGUGAGAGCGUGGGACUGAACGAGAAGCCUAUGGAGGUGUCAGAGUCAGAGGCCACUGACUCCGAUUAUGAAGAUGAGUUGCCAAAGCACUCCUUUGUGAACCACUACAUGAGCGACCCUACCUACUACAAUUCCUGGAAGCGGCAGCAAAAGGGUGUGAAACACCCAGCGUCCUACAGGUAUGAGGAGUGUGCGGCGAGUGAAACAGAGCCCUAUUUCCAGACUGUCAUCACAACACAGAGCUCGGGAGGGGUGUACGCCCCCACAGGACAGCCCGCUCCUGGCUCACGGACUCCAGUGACAGGGUUCUCCUCCUUUGUCUGACACUGUGAGGGAGGAAACAGCACAGCCGAAGCUCCUGCGGGGAUCGGGACAACCCAUCACAGUGACUGUGUGUGUGACCGGUGCAGUGGCCUGGGGGUAAAUUUCUCUAUCAGGGUAGAGCGGAUGUGAACGUGAAUGAGUCUAUUUUUCUGAAGACAAUCAACUCUUACAAUGUGGAGCUGAACUAGCCGAACUUUUGUUUAAAAAAAAAAAAAAAAUUCCGAAAAGUGACAGUUUUAAUCACAUAUGAAUAGUAGGGGUUUUUUUAACUGAUUUUUGUAACUCUGCUUUAUGAAGCAGCUCCCAUGGUCUUCUCUUUUCUUUCCUGCCCCCACCCUAUUCCCUUCCAAACAAGAAGGUGAAUUCCAUGGAUGCCGUGAGUGACUUUGUGAUGUGAUCGGAAAAGAAAACACCCCCAAACCUCCCCAGUUUCUCCCCCAUCAGGGUUGAGUAGGAGUGUGAAAAAGGGAACAUUUUUUUUUCACAUAAAAAAGAUGGGAAAAUUCUCCCCCCCCCGUUGCUCGUUGCCAUUCCACCUCCACGUCAGGAGUACCAGUUGAUUAGCUUAGUCUCAGUGGUGUUGCUACUCCUGCCCAUAGGCUCACGACUGGUGUUUUCGAUAAUGAAUAUAUCUUACUGCUUUCUUACCCUGGUCAGGUUGGGCUCGUUGCAUUCCUCGGAUAGUCUCACUCCAGAGCUUCUGUUAGCGGAGAUGGUUUGAAAAAGCUGGAAAAAGCACUGGCUGAAGCAGCCGGGAAGUUACUUUGACGCGGGGUCAGUUUGUUGUUGCUAUUGUAAAUUGUUAAAAAUAAGGAAAAGUAACAAGAGGGGAAAGUAUUCAAAUGUAGGAUCCAUUGGUUGCAGUUAAUGAGCUGGAAUCUAGGGUCUGAUGGUUGCAAUUAAUGAGCUGGAGAACCUGCUAAUGGAUUAAUUGGAUUGUGAUUAUCACAGCAGUCCUACCCUAUCAAUAAAGCUCAGCACCCCCCGCCCCCAGCUCAGACAGGAUUCUGCGGUGCUGCACACUGAUCCGUGCCCUUACCUGGGUUUCUUUGAAUUUUAUCUUCUCUCGUUUUUUUAAAACAAACACAAAAAAAUUUUUAAUGCAAAGGCCGAUCGCACUGAGGGGGUGAGUUUUGGUGUCCACAGGUGCCUUCUAUUGAUUGCUCAGCUUUGUACAUGAGAAAAGCAACCAGACAUCUCCUGAAUAAAGUGAAGCAGGUUUUCAGACACGAGGGUUGUGAACUCCCCUGUGCACACGCAGAGGCCGGCUGUGUGCUGUGGCAGCGGUUUUUAGAAAGGAGAGGGGUUUUCUUUGGGGUUUUUUCCAGUCUAUUUGGUGCCGCCCCUUUUUUUUUGACCCAUGGAGCUGCAGCCAGUUCCUCCUCCCCACCCCCAAGGCCUCUUGCGGGUUUUGUUGGCAAGUUGUUUUGCUCAAGUGGAGGCUGUCAGUGAUUUAAAGAAUCCCAGUCCAGCCUUGGGACUCGGCAAUGCUCCCGUCUUAUAGUCGUUCCUGCUCGGGGGGGUUGGAAAGGUUACGCCGGAGCAGCUGUUUGCGGCACGGCCCCUCUCUGGCAGUUCCCUUUAGAGGUCUGAGGAACACCCAUGAAACUUGGCACCUCUCGCACCCCUCCCGGCAAGUAGGGCACAGCCUUACCUUUGUUAUUGGCGCUGCCUGGCCCUCUCCUCGUAGCAAAGGCGUGCAACAGCUGUAGCAUUGGUAUUGCUGCUUCCUGCCAAUGGCCCUCCAGGCAGGUGUAAAAGGAAAGUAGGGAUUGUUACAGCCAGCACUUGCCAGUGCCCCUUCAGGGCAGGUUCGAAGCAGACCUGGCAUGAGCACCUCUGACUAGGUGCAGUGCAUCCACAACCCUUCAGUGCCUCCUCUGGGCAGGCAGCCUGAGCACAGCUUGUACCCGCUGGUGCAGCCGCCGAGCUUGGCCGCUUUCCGUGCACACGCUGUGCGGCCUCGGUGCUGGAUUCACGUUCAAACGCUCCAGGGAAGAGAGAGAUUGCAAACCAAAAACUCCACUGAAGGCUUUUGAAACUGAGAUACUUCUCCGCAAUUCCUCGGAUGGGAAGCGUCUUGAAGAGGCAGGGACUAAGGCGUGCCCCUGGGGAGGAAGGAGCCUUCCCCAACCGCACGGGUUGCUCCAAGGAGCAGGGCUUGAACUUACUGUGAAGAUGAAUGUAGAAGCAGAGAACAUGGCGAGAUACCACUGCCGUGCUGUGCACUUUGACUGUUCUCUUAAGCCAUAUGGACAUUGCUUUAAUUAAUGAACUGAAAAGAAUUUAUUUGCAAUUUAUUAUUUUGGGUUGUUUUUCUUUCUUAGGGAAAAUGACACACAUGAGCUUUUAUUGGGUUGGUUUUUUGUUUUGUUUUUCGUUUUGUUUUUUGGCCUUGUUAUUUCCUGUGUGAGAUUAUGCCUUUUUAGCUAUUUUCUUUUCUACAGAAAUGUUUAUACAAUGUAGCUGCUCUGGCAGUUGAAUCCAUUGUUGGAAUUUUAAUGCAGCAGCUCUGAGGAUAAUGUUACUGGAAGCAUGUCUCAAGACCCUUCUGGGUAGAUCUGCGGCUUGGAAGGGCUCCGAUCCAAACACAGGGAAAGCUUCCUCCCAAAGCCAUGCCCGAGGAACGCAGGUGCGCCCGUCGCUGAAGCCGCCGUCACUCUGAAGGCGAGCCCCGAGAGAGCCCUUUGGGGGGUGCUGCUGGCCCCAUGUGUCCCAACUUCCAUUCCUAAGGAUGCAAGAUAAGGGGAAUGGACCAAAAAAAAAGCACAAGCGGGAGUACAGGUGAAAGGAAGGGGAUGCGAGGGGAAGGGAAUUCUUCUCUCUUCUUGGGGAUUUCUGCCGCAGGAAUUGCAAGGAAUUCGAGCAAGUUGGCUGAGGUCCUGCAUGGGCUGUCUGACAGCUCUCGUCUUCCCAUUGCCUCCCAAAUAAAAGCGUCAAGCGUGAUUCUUUUAGGUAGUUUCUGUUCCAUUCUACGCUCCCCAGUCACAUCACCGUCACCUUGCUUUUUGUUCUGUUUUGCAUGCACAUGUAUUUGGUUGACUGUAUCCACUGAGUGGAAGCACAUAGCAUUGGCUAUCCAAUCCCUAAUGAAAUGGAAAAGCUGUGUAUCACCCCCCCAACCAUGUGUGAGAUUUAAAUAGACGUUGAAGCUCUGUGUUGCAUAGGUUGCCGUUAGCAUGCUGUAUUUAUAAAAUAUAAUUAAGAGUUGGGUUUUCUUUACUCGAGAAUAAGGUAAAUUGUUAUAAUCUGGCAAGAAGCACCCAGUCAGUUAACAAGAGAGCCCUGUUUCAGAGCUGUAAUCUUUGGGAAUCAUAACUUUGAGAUAUGACUUUUAAAGUGUUAGCUGUCAUGUUUCACUCCCUCUACCCAUCACACCCACCUUGUUCCCAUCUUGCUGUUUAGAAGAGCUGAACAGUCUUGAAAAUCAAAGCUUCCAUUUAAAAACAUCUGCCUAGGACUUUUUUUCUUCUUUAUCUUUUCUCCCUAGUGGAUCUAUUUAAGAAACAAAAACAGGAUCAUUACCAAGUCCACAGAGGAGCACAAAGGGAUAUUUCUUAGAGGAGCUUAAUAGAAGCAUGUUCCCCUUUGAUGUCCGUCAAAUAUAUCCAAGCUCACACAGUGAGACAGUACAGAAAACUAUCCACCCACCUCAAGACCCAGACGCGCCAUGAAGCACUCAGUUAACGUCACCAAAACCCACUGACAUCCUCAGACCUAAAUCUCAAGUUAGCCGUUUCAUUGAUUAGCUUUGUUGCAAAAAUGCACAAAUGGAUAAAUCCCCUUGGAGCCUUGUUUUGGGAUAAUUUUGUAUACUUCUAAAUGUAUAUUUUCUUAACCUCGGAUUCUGUUUCAUAAGCAGUGCUGGCCCCUGCCAAGCCCCAGAUGUCACCCCGCCGUCUUGAAAUACUACAUGGUUGCUGUCGAUUAUCCAUGCUGUGCUGUGCUGCAGAAUUAAGGGAGAGACGGAAGAGGGCACUGUUUCACUUUAUUCAAUGCCAGCCUCCUGCUUUUUUUCCUUCCUGGCCAGGAGUUGCCAGGUGGAAACACCUUGCCGCACAGCCUGUGGGGAGGGACCGGAGGGCAUAUGUGACUGGGACCGGGUGAAAAGUUUCAUCAAUAAUUGCUAAAGGAAUCACAAUCUGGGUUGCAAUCCUGCUUCUGGGAGCAGUUGCUGCCACCUAGGACAAGAAGGAAUAUUUUUAAAAGAAGGAACCUGGGUCUUUGCCCAAGGAGAACUGUUUUGCCCUUCCCUGAGUGUUAAAAUACAAGCCUGUAACAUUUUCCAGGUUGGCUGAGCUCUAAUUUGCUUCCAGACUCCCAGGUGAUCAUCAAACGCUGCAGCAGUGUUGGGUCAGAGCGAGAAAAUCUGCCUUUGGUUCCUUAUGUGAAGGUGUAAUUUAUUCUCAUCAUUGUAACCCAGUGGAUUUCUUGAGGGAAGCGCAAGGCGCUCCAAUAUGUUCUUUGGAGUGGAAGCAGAAGUAGCACAUUUUAUACAUCCACUGUGCAGCUGGCUUCAUCCAUUUGCUCUUUAGAAAUCUUAGUCUGGAACGGGUACUCUGAUUUCAGAAAAGGAAUUUAUCAUGAUAUGAAAAAAAAACCCCAAACCUUUGAAAGGCCCACUAGAAAUCAGCUAAGUCCCAAAAACCAGAGAGAACACGAUUGCAAACCCUGCUUGCUUUCUGAGCUCUCCACCGUAGAUAGCAAACGACGCAUUAUGUGCACUACCAGAUCAUCUUGGGUGGAGAAAGGCCAACACUUUGUGUUGUGGCUGGAAUUGCCUUUGGACCUCAGUUUAUGCCAGCUUCAUGCUACACGCGCCGCAUGUUCCCAGACGGGUCUUUUUGCAUCAGAGACAUCGUUGGUUGGAUCAAAGACGUAGUAAUGUAACUAGAGAUCACUUGAGGAGCAGUUGUGCUGCUUUGUCAACCCUACACCCCAUAUGGGGUUUCCCUCUACUGGUAGCAGAAAGUCAGCCCCGGUAAACACACUAUGGGACAGACCAGGGAGGAAUCAAUGGAUUCGGAUGGGAAGAGCUUCCAGGGACACAUUUGGGUAAGGAGUGAUUCACACCUCCAAAGUGCCGCAGGCACAUUUUAGUAAUUCCUUGAGGUUAGCCACAAUUGCCGGGAGACUUGUGGUUUUCAGUUCAGAUCUAUUGGGUUGUUGACUAGCCCCUCGGGAUCCACCGCAGUUGGGAGACAUCGAAGGCAACCUCCACGGGUGCCUGCUUCUCUUAGUACCGGCCUGGAAUGAAGACUGCCUAGUACUGGUGGUUUGCGAAUGGGGAGAAUGGAAAGUUUGCACUAGUAGUAUCAUAACCAUGUGUGUUAACUCAUUGAACAGUGGGCAGUGCCGUGAUCCAUCUGUGGUUCUCAGGUGCCGGAAAGGUGCAGGAAAACCGUGCAUCAAGUUUGUACCCAAGCACUUGCUCCUUUUCAGAUGGAGAUCUAGUCAUUUGAUGUGUCUGCUGUCAGUCUAGGAGGUAGGACCAAUGUUGCACACCUAGUUUUGAGAAUUACUCUUCAGUGUACCACAGUAAUUGGGUCAUUGCUUUUACUCUGGGGUUUUCUAGAGGGUUUGUUCUGGGGUCUUGUUUUGAUGGGCUGGGGGGGGGGGUUCCGGUUUUUAUUCUUUGUUCCACACCUGUUGUUAGCCUCACCCUCACCACUCUACUAUUUUGUAUGAAAAAGUUACUUCUUCUUUUGCAAACUUGCCUCUGAUUAAAAGAAUCCUUUUUGAA